AUGCGAUUGACCGUCGAGCUCAUCCAGAAUUCCCUUUCCUAUAUCAAUCCUCUCACAGACCGCGAGCUGGAUCUUCGAGAGCUUCAUUCACAUCGUCUUUAUCCGUCGAGUCGUGUAGGACACAAGAUCCCCGCAAUUGAGAACCUGGGUAUUGCCAAAGACCAAGAUACAAUUGACUUCACCGACAACGACCUCUCCUCUAUCGGAAACUUCCCUUUCUUCCCCCGCCUACACACUCUCCUUCUUGCUCGCAACAGAAUCAGUCACAUUCAACCUGCUCUGGGAUCAUCGGUACCUAGCUUGUCAACACUGGUUUUGACCUCAAAUAACCUGUCCGAGCUCGCGGAUCUCGACCCGCUUCGAACCCUCCCACGUUUGACACAUCUCACUCUUCUCGAAAACCCUGUUACUCGCAAAGAGAACUACCGGUACUGGGUCAUUUGGUUGGCUCCCUCUGUUCGAUUCCUCGAUUACCAAAAGGUGAAGGAUGUAGAGCGCGCCAAGGCAAAGGAACUUUUCGGCACAUUCGAAGAACCCUCCGCACUUGCCUCCAAGAUCAAGGGUAUCAAGUCCAAGACAUUCGAUGCAUCUAUUGCCGCCUCGGCAAGCACCUCAACCGAUAAGGCUAUUCGCGUGAAGCUUACAGAUGCCGAGCGCAAGCGCGUGGAGAAGAUGAUUCGCGAGGCGAAGAGUAUGGCUGAGAUCACACGGUUGGAGAAGGAGCUUAAUGAGGGCCGGAUACCUGGUGGAGCCCUUGGUGCAGAAGAUGCAGAUGGGGACGAGCAGAUGCAAAUGUGA